CACCUGUUAAAGAAUGUCAUAUGUGUGUCUAUCCAGUCGACCCGGAAUGUCACAUAUGUGUCUUUACAGCUGACUCAGGUACCAGUAUGUGUGUAUGUGUGUGUGUGUAUGUUACGGUAUAUAAAGUAACCUGAUUCAGAAACAAAUGACAGUCGCUGCCAGGCUCUUGAGAUUGGCGCACAACUUCCUCCCCUUCUUCCGAAUAUAUCUUAUUUUAUUUUCCCGCCGAUACAGUUUAGUUUCUCUUGACAGUUGGAGCAGGUCUGGGUCAGUCAGUCAGUUAUUUUAUGACUGUAGGAAUCAGUCAUUCAACUAACAAAUACAACCAUCUGGUCUUCAGUCAAUAAUCACACUCACUAGUAACUAGUUGAUCAAAAACUGUCACAAUCACUAGUCAAUCAGUCAGUCAGUCAUCUAGUAGCAUCCACAGUCUCCAGUCUGGCAGCAGUUGCAAUCACCAACGAGUCAGUCAAGUCAUCUAGUAGCAGGCAAAGUCACCAGUCAAACAGAGAGAGAGAGAGAGAGAGAGAGAGGUGUGAAGAACAGGUGGGGGCCACAAUGCACCUGGUGGUCGGGGCAGAACAGUGGGUACCGUGGCUGAGGAUCACAGAGGACCCGUACACAGGACACCUCACCUACUCCGGCAUCAUGUUCAACCUCCUCGUCGCCCUCUCCCGCACUAUGAACUUCACGUACGAGGUGAGGCGACCUGAGGACGGGCUGUGGGGCGUGGGCUUCCCUAAUGGGUCCUGGAGUGGCAUGUUGGGCAUGGUGAAGCGUGGGGAGGUAGACUUCGCCCUGGGCCCCUUCGCCUUCAACUGGGAGAGGUACCACUACGCCUGUCAGUUUAGUCAGCCCAUUUUCAUCGACUAUGAGAGCGUGUUCAUGCGUCGCCCGAGGCUGGAGACUGAUCUGUUCGCCUUUGUGCGGCCUUUUCAGUGGCAGGUGUGGUUGUGUCUGUUGGCCAGUCUGAUUCUCACCUGGCUGAUCCUGGUUGUGUUCCUGUACCUGAGCCCUUACGAGAGGCUGAUGACGACGACGCAGAGGCAGGAAGGAGGUGUACAGACGAGGAGGAAGUACAGCAACAAGUCCCAUGUUAUGUGGCUCACCAGGACCCUAGCUAGUCAAAGUAACCCUUGGCUGCCAGAGAGCGACAGCAGGAGGGUGAUGACAGCCUCCUGGCUCCUCUCCUGCCUCAUUUUUGUCUCUGUCUUCUCCGGCACCCUCACCGCCAUGCUCUCCGUGCCCCUGGUGCGGCUCCCCAUCGACAGUACCGAGGACUUGGUGAACCAGCAGGAGGUGCCUUGGGCUAUAGAGUCAGGCUCCUUCUUGUACCAGAUCUUAUACCAAGCGACAGACGGCAUCUACAAGACACUGUGGGACGGACACUCGGCCAGGAUCACAGACUGCUAUAGUUACCGUCAUGACAUCGGUGCUGGUGAAUACGCAGCUGUCUGUGAUAAGAUGACUAUGAAGAAGGUGAUGUCAGAGGACUUCAGCGCCACGGGAGAGUGUAACUUCUACAUGGCGAGGGAAGACUUCAUGUCCAUGCCGAUGGCUCUUGCCUUCCAGCACCAACACCCCAUCUACUCCAAGGCCAACCUUCAAAUUUUAGAAUUGGUGAACAAAGGACUGGUCCACCGAUGGAUGGAUGAACAACUUCCCAACGGCACUGCGUGUUUAGGUCCCCCAGGUGCUGACCUCAUAGGGGCCAAGCGUCCUCUGGCACUGAAUGAUUACUUCGGUCUCUUCUCAGUGUUCGCACUUUGUCUGGCGGCAGGGACGCUGGUGCUGGUGGUUGAGUUGACAUUGACUGAGGUCACCCACGGAUGUCACUUCUCAUCGCUUAUCAAUCCUUGACUGCUUCAAUUUACCUUCCCCUUAAAUGAGCCAGUUAGGUGCAGCUCCAGUUACGAGGAAUAUUCAUCCUACAACACUUGGAGAAUAUGUACACUGGUCCUUCCUCCACACCUGGUGACUGUUGGUCUAGCUCAGCCUUCAUCUUUCUUUACUUUUAUCUCUGUGGAGAGAAGGAGAGCCAGUGGUAGACCAAGAGCGACAUGGGGAGAGGGUGUUAGAAAGCUGCCAUCAGGUAACCACAGCUAACUCACACUAGGGUGGAAAAUGGCCGUAAAACGACGAUGAUGAAUCACGCAAGUAAUA